AUGGGGUCCCAAGAUUUAAGUCAAAGUUCUUCUCUUCAACAAUCUUUUGUUGAUCCUAACCUACAAUCCCAAUUCACAAACGUGAACCAAUCCUCACAUCCCAACUUUCUUUAUGUUCCAUUAAAUGCAUCCUACAACCCAUUUGUUAAUCAACAGCCUGGAAACCAUUCUUCAUUUCAAGGCCUACUCAACAGCCAUAAUAUUCCUUUUGAUAAUAUUAAGAACUCAGCCAGGUCAUAUUGUGUGAAUGAUAAUGGAAGCAAUACCCAAAAGCCUAACAUCUCACAAGCUUCUGUUGCCAACAAAAACUGGACCAAAGCCGAAGACAUAGCGUUGACGAAAGCAUGGUUAUAUGUAUCUAUUGAUUCUGAUGUUGGUAGCAAUCAAAAGAAUACACAGAUGUGGAAUCGCAUUUUAAUGCAUUGGAAGGAGAAUAUGGGGGUGCAGAUGUGGAAUCGCAUUUUAAUGCAUUGGAAGGAGAAUAUGGGGGUGAGCUGCAAUAGUUCGAGGAACACUAACAGCUUAGGAUGUCGAUGGGCAAAAAUACAAUCAGCCGUGAGCAAAUACCAUGAAAUUUAUGAGUGUCUAGAAAGAAUUCCUCAGAGUGGAUCCAAUAUAGAUGAUCUGAAAAGAGAAGCAAUGAGGGCAUAUGAAGAUAUCAACAAUAAGAAAGAGUUUAAAUUUGAGCACUGUUGGAACAUCAUGAGAAAGAAUCCAAAAUGGUGUACAAAUCAACUUGCAAAAACAAAUGGGACAAACAAGUCGAAAGGAGACAAUACGAGCCAUUUGUCAACAGAUUCACCAUCUAUUAAUCUUUGUGAUGAUACAACUGUUGAUCCGUUUGGUUGUGAGAAGCUGAAAACGGAUGGUUUAGCACGUCCUGAGGGAAGAAAAGCCUGUAAAGACAAAAAAAGAAAGUCGAAUGAUGAAAAAUGGGUGGUAGAAGUAUUAGGCAAGUUACAAUGCACUUUAGAAAUGCAUGUUGCCAUCACUCGAGAAGAGCUGGAGCUGAAAAAAGAGAAAGAAAAAAAAGAGCAUGACUUAAGGGAGCAGGUAAUAAAGAAAGAGUUUAAAAUGAAACAAAAAGCUCAGAGACUGAAAAAGAAAGAUCAAGAAAUGAAAGAGAGAGUUAUAGAAAUGAAAGAAAAUGCUCAAAGACUGAAGAUAAAAGACCAAGAAUUGAAAGAAAAGGCUCAAAGAAGGCACGAUCAAGAGUUCAUUAUGAAUCAGGAUGUGACCAAACUAUCCCCAACCAUGCGAGAAACCAUUGAAAUAUACCGAGUUCAAAUACUGAAGGAAUGGGAAAAUGAAUGUUGCAUAAGCAACAUAAAUCAGACAACUUCUUCUGGAUCGUGA